UUAUCUUUCUUUGAUGUCUUGCAAUUUACAUUCCGCCAUGUUUUUUCCGUGAUUCGUGUCAAGCUGCUGAAAAAUUGUCUUUAAAAUAGCAGAAAAUCAAUUAGUCUCGACGUCAGUAUUUACCGAUAAUACGUGAUAAAAUAGUGAGUUGUUUUAGCAUAUUCAUUAAAUGUUUUGAAUGUCAAUCUCAUAGUCACUUGCUACUAGUAACAACCAAUUUCCUCGACACUACGAUAUAAUAAACAAUACCUUGAGAGUGGAAUAGUCAUUGUAACGCAAUGAAUCGGAGCGAGGGCCUUGUCCGACGUGUAAAAGCUCGCGACACCGAAUCGAAUAAUGGUGGUGGCUCGUCAUCCAGCAAUAAUUAUGAUCAAGAAGGCAGAAACGAUAUUGAGGAGGAGCUGGAUGAUUGCGAUUCGAAGGAAACACGGCUCACCCUAAUGGAGGAAGUACUACUGCUCGGUCUCAAAGAUAAGGAGGGAUAUACAUCCUUCUGGAAUGAUUGCAUAUCUAGCGGUUUGCGAGGAUGCAUCCUUAUAGAGUUGGGCUUGCGUGGUCGGGUAGAACUCGAACGAGCCGGUAUGCGGCGAAAGGGACUUUGCACACGGAAAAUAAUCCUUAAAUCGGAUACACCAACUGGAGAUGUUCUACUGGACGAGGCGUUAAAGCACAUUAAAGAAACUGAACCACCGGAAACCAUACAGAGCUGGAUCGAAUAUCUGAGUGGGGAAACGUGGAAUCCUCUCAAGUUACGCUAUCAACUAAAAAAUGUACGCGAACGUCUUGCCAAGAAUCUUGUAGAGAAGGGUGUUCUGACAACUGAGAAACAAAACUUCCUCCUUUUCGAUAUGACGACGCAUCCAUUGAACGACAAUGUAAUCAAGUGCCGUCUAGUGAAAAAGAUUCAGGAUUCCGUGCUAACCAAAUGGGUGAACGAUCCACAGCGCAUCGACAAGCGAAUGUUGGCUCUCAUCCUACUGGCACACGCAAGUGAUGUACUGGAGAAUGCGUUUGCCCCACUAAACGACGAUGAUUACGAGCUGGCGAUGCGACGUGUGCGAGAACUGCUAGACCUGGACUUCGAAGCGGAAGCUGCUAAAUCCAACAGUAAUGAAGUAAUUUGGGCUGUAUUCGCUGCGUUCACGAAGUAAACAAACUUCGACGGGUGAUGGUUGCCGUGUGGAGAAGAACACAGAACAGAUAGCAUGCUAGAAAGACGAAAGUUUCGGUUUGCAUCGAAGUCCGGACACAAUAAAACAAACAGCAACCUUUCUUAUCCUAAACUUGACCUUGCAUUCCUUUCAAUUCCUUAUCCCUUUGCAGUCAACCUUAUCCCAUACAAAAUCCAUACUGAAAAUUACAGUAAGACAUAUGCGGAGGAACCAAGAUAGUAGCACUAGUAAUACAUUAAUUGAAUAUAUUUUAUUUUACCUAUUUAUAGCGGAUAAUCCAAUAAUCAAAAACAGAAUUGAUGGCCGUUUUAUGACGAUCGUUAAGCAGUGCUUAUGAUAAAGUAUAGUUAAGGAACAAACUAAACACAGUUACUAUUCAGGCAGGUCAAAAGCAACUGAUAGGACAGUUUUUUUUCUACAUACCGUAAUCUGAAUGUUGUUCGGAUUACAGCAUUAUGUGAUUUCAUGUUUUCUGUUGGCUCAGUUACCUUAAAAAAUAACAGCGCAAUAAACACCGUUCGAUUUUCGUUUCAAAAAAAGAUGAACGCAGUUUUCACUGAGUCUCGAAUGCGGUGAACACUGACAUUGAUAUAAUAGGUAACUUUUUAUAAUUCGAUAUGGAGUGCAAAAAUAUCCCACGCACUUUCGUAAAUACUGUAUGCACAGCUAAAUGGAACACAUGGCAUGGUUUUGUUUUUCGGGACCUGCACGCUACUGAAUUUCCUUUCGUUGCAAACGGAUAUCUGCAAAGCAGAUACGGCACUGACAGAUAAACAUUUUUUACAGCUAAUGGAAUUACGAUCUUCAUAUCUUUCUACCGGUUUACCAGAGCUAUUCGCAAGAAAAAUGAUUGACGCCGAUAGCAUGUUUCAACAUUAUGAAUCAUUCUGAGGUGGUCAUUUAUCACGAAUAGGAUUUUUUCAAGUACUGCAAAGUAAGGACGAAUAGUGUCAAGACAUCUUAGAAAAAGUUAACGCUGAAAAGAGAUAAAAAAAUUCAAAGUGUAUAUAGAUUGAAACAAAAUUUAUUGUUAUCGAAACUAUUAU